AUGAUCGCAAAUUAUUUUCGUAUCGCUCACCGUACUGUGAGAAAUUGGUUCGGCUCGGUUCGGUACAUUAAAUUAUUUCUUGAACCCUUACUAGCUGCGAGUGAAGGUGGCAUUCGCCUGAGUCCCAGAGUUUCUGGUGCAAGAAUAUGGACGCAAGUGUCUCGAAACCAAGUGCGGUUUUUGACCUUUCCGCACUCAAAAAUUACGCCGAGGGUGAUCUCUUCCCAGCGCAUACCGCAUACUCGUAACUUCUGGUGGUCGAAACCGGCGACACCUGAGCAGCAGGCGGCAUCGGCAGUAGAGUCAGCACCACCUUCCAGUGGCAACAUUAGUACCGCUGUUGUGGACUUGGAACCAGAAACAACAACAACCAAUACAGCGACACCGGAGUUAGACUCUGCUUUGAUACCAGGGACUACCGCGCAGGAUAGUUUAACGGCCGUCGUUGACGGUGGUGCAGGUAUCGAUAUUCCUGCGUCCGACAGCGCCAUCCUACCCCUUCAAUAUGGAGAUUUAGCAGAAUUAGGCCUCGCUGGCUGGUCACCAGCUGGGAUCAUAAGGUGGUCGUUCGAACUUCUACAGGUCAGCACUGGAAUGCCGUGGUUUUACACGAUCAUCGCCGGCACACUUUUGUGGCGUGUGGUCAUUUUACCUGCCAACAUCAUGAGCCUUCGUAACUCGUCGCGUUUACUUCCAUAUACCGAUAAACUGCAAGCUGUGACGGCGGAAUGGAAGUCAAUCGACACCAGUGACCGCCUUGCAUUGCAGCGUAUAUCCCUGAAAAGACAGAAAAUCUAUGAACAAGCGGGUGCACGGGUGCUUCCUUCCAUUAUCAUGCCCUUUGUUCAAAUCCCAAUCACAUUGGGUUUGUUCUUAGCUGUCAGGAAGAUGACCAUGCUUCCUGUAGAGCAGCUCAAACAGAGCGGAGUCUCUUUUUUGCCUGAUUUAACUAUGUCGGACCCAUACUACAUCCUACCAAUCUUGUCCACUGUUGCCAUCAACAUCCAAAUGUCGGUGAUGAAAAACGACGUCAAUUUUUCCGAGCGUCCCGAGAUGGCUCAUCUCAUGAAUUUUAUGCGCAUCUUUUCGUUCAUGAGCGUCCCUCUCAUGGGCUCACUGCCUAGCGGUUUGUGGUUGUCCAUCCUGACUGGUGUGGCAGUGUCAUGCCUGCAGUCCUUUAUCCUACAACGUACAACAGUGCGCAGGUGGCUCAAGAUAAACCCUCGUGUUGAACCAAAGGUCAAACCACCCACUAUGAUGGAAUCUAUGCAGUACGCGAAAUCGUGGUACAUGAGCAAGAGAAUCAACGAGAGAAAAAUACCGAUCUUAUUACGUAAUAUUAUGGCUUAUAGCCGUGGUACUUUCGGCUACGCACACUUCAUGGCUUUCAAGUUGGGCUCAAUAACAGUACAGGCGCCAUCCGCAACACUGACUGAAGCUCCCAUUCCGGAAGACGAAGAGUACUACUCGUCGUGGUCUCUAUUCCUCGUUUGCUUGCUACUCGUCGUCUCGUUAUGGACAUCUUAUUACCUGCAAAUCAGGAAAAUCCGGGCCAUCCAUGAGACUACCGUCUCUAUCUUUGCAGGGAUGUUUGUAGGGUUGGUGAUUAGACUUGCACCGGGAACGAUGAUUCGAGAAAUGCUGACCUUCAAACAUACUCUGUUCUUCAACUUGCUACUCCCUCCUAUCAUUCUUAACUCUGGAUACGAGCUCAAGCAAGAGAACUUUUUUCGCAAUUUUGGUUCCAUCCUUACUUUUGCAUUUUUGGGCACAUUAAUAUCAGCUAUCGGUGUCGGUGUGCUCGUGUAUCUCUACUCAUUCCUGGGACUAGAAUCCUUGGAUAUUACACUGCUGGAGUGCCUGAUUUAUGGCUCUACACUAUCUGCAACUGAUCCAGUGACCGUUCUUGCCAUAUUCAAUCAGUAUAAGGUGGACCCAAAGCUCUACACCAUCAUCUUUGGCGAGAGUCUGCUAAAUGAUGCGGUCAGUAUUGUCAUGUAUGAAACCCUUGCCCAAUUCCACGGCACAGAGAUAUACAUCUCGUCGAUAUUCCAUGGCAUCGGAAUUUUCUUGCUUUCAUUCAGCGUAUCCAUGGCCCUUGGCGUUAGUUUUGGCCUGGCAAUGUCCCUAACCCUCAAACACUCGUCGAUGAGUCUGUAUCCUUCCAUCGAAUCUUGUCUUGUUGCCCUCUGCGCAUAUACCUGCUAUUUCUUGUCAAACGGCUUGUCUAUGUCUGGCAUCGUAUCCCUCCUGUUCUGCGGAAUCACCUUGAAACACUAUGCAUAUCAUACCAUGUCCCGGCGAACGCAGCGAACAACAAAAUAUAUCUUCUCGACUCUCGCUCAACUCUCCGAAAACUUCAUUUUCAUAUACCUCGGUCUCUCACUUUUCACAAGUCCUCCGUCAUCAGAGCGCGUUACCAACUAUGUCAAGCCCCUCUUCAUUGUGGUCACGACGGUUGCAGUUGUAUUCACCCGAUACGCAGCCGUCUUCCCACUAUCUGAAGCGAUCAACUUCUUCACUCGUCAUGCUCGGGGACAGCGAACAGAAGAGAUUCCACACUCUUACCAGAUGAUGUUGUUCUGGGCUGGCUUGCGAGGUGCAGUGGGUGUGGCACUUGCGGCUGGUUUCAAGGGCGAGAAUGCGCAGACACUGCGGAUAACUGUCCUUGUUGUAGUGGUGCUUACUGUUUUCGUUUUCGGGGGUACCACUGCACGCAUGCUAGAGAUCCUUGGUAUUCGCACAGGCGUUGAAGACGAAGCUGCUAGUAGCAGCGACGAAGAUGCACCUCCGGGACGCAAUGCAUGGCAGAAUCGCCGCCAUAGUGGUUCAUGGAACAGGUAUACCGACGAUUCUGAACCCUUGCCAUAUUUCUCGCCAUCACAACACGGAUAUGGGCGGGCUGCAGGCAGAGUAGGGUCACACUAUACAUCACGGACUUAUAAUCACCACACGGGAGCACCACCAUCGCCGAUCGGCAAUACCAUGUUUUCUGCGACAUCAUCAGAUUCCUUUGAGUCAGAAGCGGAAGUGCUCCCUAUGGCCACGACCUCAGCGGAUGCGGGUCCGUCUGCGGAAAGACAUGAUGGCAGACAGGCCAACGAAGAUGGCAAAUGGUUCCAGGCGCUGGAUGAGAGAUAUCUUCUUCCUUUAUUCUCGAAUGCCACUGCCAGCCGCACCUUCCACGCCAGACGUGCGCGGAGGAAUAUCUCGAUAUCAGGUCAACCCGCAGGUGCGAAUCUAAGCGCACUGGGUACGCCGCAUGACAGUGAAGACGAGGCUGAGAGCCCAGAGGUGGAGCUUGGAACAGCAAAUUCUAGUCAGCGGAAUUACAGCGGCAUUAUGGGCAUUUUGAACAACUUCUGA